AUGGCGUCUAUGGAGUUAUUGCCAAACUUGCCACCACCUCCCCAAGAAAUUCCCCCAGGUGUGGUUCCCAUGAAAGUUGAACCGCGGAAAGGAUGUGGAUCAGUUAGGGAGAGAUUGAGGCCAAAUUUUAACCAGAUGAACGGACCUCGUCCAGGGGUCAAGGGAAAGAAGAUACCUCUGCUGACAAAUUAUUUUAGAGUAUGCUUUCAAGGCGGCAUAAGCCAACUCUAUUCAUACAGUGUUAACGUCUACUAUGAAAAUGGGGACCCCGUCACUAGGAGCAACUUAAUUAGAAAAGUGAUUCAUAAACUCUGGGAGAUACACAGCCCUGAGUUAGAAGGACAAGCAUUUGCUUCUGAUGGGCAACAACGCUUAUUCACAACUAGUCCUCUACCGCAGAACAAGCAAGAUUUCACAGUCGUUCUUGAUUCUGCAACAUCAAAAAGGUGCAAGACAGAUGGUAACCUUAGCAAUGGAGAAUCAAAUGAAGGUGAUCAAAAGAGGCAGAAGAUCAUAUCCCGAUACCAAACGUUCAAAGUCCAGAUAAAGUUUGUCUCCGACAUCCCCUUUCAGUCCAUGCUUGAUGGGCCGCGUGGAGUAAAAUCAGGAAAUAAUGAAGUUCUGUUUGCAUUAGACACCAUUUUGCAACACUCUAAUACAAAAAGGAAUUGCCUUCUGCUCCGCCAAUCGUACUUCCCAAAUGAGAUGAAAAACUUCAUGGACUUGACUGGUGGUAUCCUUGGAUGCCGAGGUUUCCAUUCAAGUUUCCAAUCUGUUCAAGGUGGAUUAUUUUUUAAUCUUGAUGUAUCUACUACAGCAAUUGUACAGCCAGGUCCACUAGUUAACUUUCUAAUGGCCAACCAAAAUGUGGAUAACCCCUUCAAAAUCGACUGGACUAAGGCAAAUAUCUUGAAAAAUCUCAGAAUUAAGCUAUCACACUCCAAUAGAGAACACAAAAUCACUGGACUUAGCAACAGGCGAUGUAAAGAGGAGAAGUUUCUUCUGCAACUGAGGGGAUCCGAUAAUCAUAAUGUCCAGACUGUUGAGGUGACUGUUUAUGAUUAUUUUGUUAGGAGACUCGGAAUAGAACUCAAUUAUUCAUCAAACUUGCCAUGCAUCAAUGUGGGGAGUCAGCUCCAUCCCCAGUUCAUUCCUGUUGAGCUCUGUUCAUUGGUUUCGUUACAACGAUACAAAAAAGAAUUAUCGGUACACCAAAGAUCCUUAUUAGUGAACAAGUCCAGCCAAAAGCCGAUGGAACUCAUGAAACAUUUAAAUGAGGAACUUAAAGCCAACAACUAUGACACAGACCCCAUGUUGCGCACUUGUGGAAUCUCAAUUAAUAAAUGUUUUACUGAAGUAGGAGGAAGAAUUCUAUCUCCUCCACAGUUGAGAGUGGGAAACAAGCAAGAUCUCGCUCCAAGAUUUUCGCGCUGGAGCUUUAAUGACAAGAUAUUUGUAGAGCCAAAAGGCAUUGAAUUUUGGGCUGUGGUGAACUUCUCUACUGGUUAUGAUGUACGUGCUUUCUGCAUUGGAAUGACGAAAUUGGGUGCAACAAAGGGAAUGAACAUUCAUCCCCCAGAAUUUGUGUUCGAAGAGAAUGCUAAGCAUAAGAAGAAACCGGGUUCUGUUCAAGUGAAGAAGAUGUUUGAACAAAUAAUGUCGAAAUUUCCCAAGGAUCCUCCUCGAUUCCUUUUCUGCUUUCUUCCUAAGAAGUUCUCUAACUUAUAUGGUCCAUGGAAGAAAAGGUGCCUAAUGAACUUCGGAAUUCGUAACCAGUGCAUUGCAAAGAACAGAGCUGAUGAAACUUAUCUUGCUAGUGUUAUCUUAAAAAUUAAUGCAAAAGUUGGUGGUCUGAAUUCUAUGUUAUCAGCUGAACUUUCACAGACUAUUCCCUUGGUUUCUAAAGUUCCUACAAUGAUCUUAGCAAUGGGUGUUACACAUGCCCCGUCUUCACGGUCAGAUUUACCCUCCGUUGCUGCAGUGGUCAGUUCUAGACAGUGGCCGAUGAUUUCUUGCUAUAGAGCAUCUAUUUGCACCCAACCACCAAAGACCGAGACUAUACAUUCACUCUUUAGACCAGUUUCAGAUAGCGAGGACACAGGCAUAAUCAGGGAGCUGCUGAUGGAUUUUUAUGCUAGCUCCGGGAACAGGAGGCCUGAACAGAUCAUUGUAUUCAGACACGGUUUAAGUGAAUCUCAAUUCAAGCAAAUUAUCAGCGAAAUGGAGGAAAUUAUUAAGGCCUGCAAGUUCCUGGAUGAGACUUGGUCUCCUAAAUUCGCUCUGAUUGUUGCACAAAGAAGACACCACAAUAAGUUAUUCCAAGCUAAUUCCAGUGACAAUAUUCCUCCUGGCACAGUCGUCGAUACUAAAAUUUGUCACCCUCUGUAUAAUAACAACUUCUACAUGUGUGCACAUGCAGCAAGAGUUGGGACUAGCAGGCCAAUUCACUACUUUGUUCUGUUGGAUGAGAUUGGCUUCUCGUCCGAUAAUGUGCAGGAACUAGUCCAUUGUUUAUGCUAUGUGUCUCAGAGAUGCACCAGUGCUAUAUAUGAAGUGGCUCCGAUUCGUUAUGCUCGUUUGGCUUCGGCUCAGAUGUUAGAAAUUAUGAAGACUGAGGGGCCUCAGCUGCCAAAAUUGCACAAAAAUGUUUGCAAUACAAUGUUCUUCUGCUGAGAUUCAGCACCAUAAUCUGCUAAAACGUGCAGUUUUCUUUAUAUUAAAAUGUAUAACAAUUAAGCAAGUCUAAAAGGAACUGGGAUUACAUAGAAGACUUUCUGAUUUUGUGAACAAAUUACACCUCGGGAUGGGCUUAUUACUACAUUAGUAUGCAAGUAGGACCACUAUCUAUUUAUUACAAGCUUUUUUAGAAGAUCUUCAAGGCAAUGACUAGCUUUUCUUGUAUUUUCAUGCGAAGCAUUAUGCUUUCUAUUUUAACCUAUUUUGUUAUUUGCUCCACUUGAAAGCUAAUUUGGUUGUUAUUCAAGUAUUUCUAAUAUUCUUAAAUUUCGAGCUCAGUUAAAUUAAGAUAUAGAGUGAAAAAAAUGAAGUAAUUAACUAUGAUUAAGUGAUACAAAUAAAUGU